AUACAUAGUAAAUUUACUUCUUAAACCCAUGGGAUAUUCUUAUUUGGAAUAUUGGCUACACUGACGAAAAAAUAAAAGAAUGUGAAAGAGAAGACGCUAAUCUUAUCAUAACGGUAGUGAGCAGUUUGCAUUAAUUUGUUUCAUUAGUCUUACAAAUGUUGACAUGUAACGUAAUGUAGAAUCGUAUCGAUUGGGGGAUUGCGUUGUUGAGACAUGUAUACCAAAAGUCAUAAUUUCACUGUCAUGUGUUAUGCGAUGUGAUAAUUACAAAGUAUUCACUACAAUGAUGACUGAUCGUAUCGACACUUCUCUGUCAUUUACAAUGAAAAAAGAACAGAAUGUUUGUAAUGACAGCGACAGUGAUAUUAGCAUGGAUAAUGGCAAUGACUUCUCAUCUGUGUCCCUACCGACAUUUUCUAUUAACAAUUCUAUUAUUGCUGACGAAUCCAACGACGAGUUCUUACAUCUCACUCCAAUGGUUCGUGCAGUAUAUCUGUCUUAUCUCCAUGAAUGCUUACUUAGAAAUUAUACAACUUGUUAUAAACAAAAUAAUGAUAUCCCAAAUAUCCAAGUUAAAAAGUGUGCAGACCAAAUGGAAUUGCAUGCUGUCCAGUUGGCACUGGAAACUAGUUUGUAUAGACAAAAUAUGUUAAAAAUGAUUGCAGAUGUAAAAUCGCACACAAUAAAUAAGAAAGCUUACAAACGAUUAAUAAUAUUUUUAGAAAAACCUAAAGAUAGAAUUGAUUGUGCUAUACAAACAGAUGACACAUGGAUGGACUUGGAAGGAAUGUGUCAAACAAAUGUACAAAAUGUAUCUAUUACAUCUGUAGAUUGUGAGAAACCAUCACAAAUAGCAUUACCAAUCGUGGAUUCUAACAGCUUCUGCGAAAGUGCUAUAGAAGAUUAUAAUGAAACAGAUGCACUGCAAAGCAGUUAUGUUACAAAAGAUGAAUCUGAUGAUGCUAGUCAAGGGAUUAAGAUUCAAGAUCAGAUUGAUUCUCAUAUAAUGGAUAAUGUAUCUGUCAAAAAUGAUGAUGAAAAUUCACAAGAUUCUUUAUUACAACAUAUGCAAGACAUGUUUUGCGAAAGUGACGAUAGUAGUGAUCUCACGAGAUUAAUUGAGAAACAUUCUGGUGUUACUAAAGCAAAUAUUGAUAAAGAAAUUAAUAAGAUAUGUUUAGAAGCGGACAUUGCAGGCUCAAAUCUUUUUCAUGUUCCACUGGGUAAUAAUGUGUCAAAGCCUAAUCUAGCAAAAGUGAGUGAAGGAAGAAUUAGCUUUAGUCGCUAUAAAGAAAUGCAAAGUAGAAAAGCCAUUAAACAAAAAGGAAUUAAUGCUAACGAAACUAUCGAAAGUAAACAAAAACAGAAGAUGAGUGCUAUUUGGUUCGUGGAACGUGUGCAUCAAGUUUCGAAAUUGAAAGAUAAAAUGACCGAGUUAUCAUUGACAAAUUAUCGAAGGCAUGGAAGAAUAAAAGAAAAAUUUCUUCGUCUGUUUGGGGAAUUUGAGGAAGAGGAUAUGAUGCCAGAUUCACCAAUCUGUAUAGAGGAACAUUUACCAGCUUGUAAAGAAAGAAUUGCACCUUGGAUUGUAAAAUAUUUAAUGCCAUUCUACAAAAAAAGAAGAAUCAAAGAUCGUCAGCUAUUCAAAGCUGUUGCCAAGUAUAUCACAGAUAUGCUUAUUUUAGAGAAUACUUUUCCAGAACAAGAGUGUGUAAGCAAGUAUAUAGAAGAUUACUUCAAGAACAAGAAGUUUAUUAAGAAUAAACAGGAUAUAUAUGUAUAGGAUAACUCCGGUAUUUACUUUUCCUUAAUCACAAAAAGUAAGAAUAAAGGUGAGAAAUAAGA